AUGGAGCGAUGCAACAUGGGCAGUGGAGCGAUGCACCAUGGGCAGUGGAGCGAUGCACCAUGGGCAGUGGAGCGAUGCAACAUGGGCAGUGGAGCGAUGCAACAUGGGCAGUGGAGCGAUGCAACAUGGGCAGUGGAGCGAUGCAACAUGGGCAGUGGAGCGAUGCAACAUGGGCAGUGGAGCGAUGCACCAUGGGCAGUGGAGCGAUGCACCAUGGGCAGUGGAGCGAUGCAACAUGGGCAGUGGAGCGAUGCAACAUGGGCAGUGGAGCGAUGCAACAUGGGCAGUGGAGCGAUGCAACAUGGGCAGUGGAGCGAUGCACCAUGGGCAGUGGAGCGAUGCACCAUGGGCAGUGGAGCGAUGCACCAUGGGCAGUGGAGCGAUGCAACAUGGGCAGUGGAGCGAUGCAACAUGGGCAGUGGAGCGAUGCACCAUGGGCAGUGGAGCGAUGCACCAUGGGCAGUGGAGCGAUGCAACAUGGGCAGUGGAGCGAUGCAACAUGGGCAGUGGAGCGAUGCAACAUGGGCAGUGGAGCGAUGCAACAUGGGCAGUGGAGCGAUGCAACAUGGGCAGUGGAGCGAUGCAACAUGGGCAGUGGAGCGAUGCACCAUGGGCAGUGGAGCGAUGCAACAUGGGCAGUGGAGCGAUGCAACAUGGGCAGUGGAGCGAUGCAACAUGGGCAGUGGAGCGAUGCACCAUGGGCAGUGGAGCGAUGCACCAUGGGCAGUGGAGCGAUGCAACAUGGGCAGUGGAGCGAUGCAACAUGGGCAGUGGAGCGAUGCAACAUGGGCAGUGGAGCGAUGCAACAUGGGCAGUGGAGCGAUGCAACAUGGGCAGUGGAGCGAUGCAACAUGGGCAGUGGAGCGAUGCACCAUGGGCAGUGGAGCGAUGCAACAUGGGCAGUGGAGCGAUGCAACAUGGGCAGUGGAGCGAUGCAACAUGGGCAGUGGAGCGAUGCAACAUGGGCAGUGGAGCGAUGCAACAUGGGCAGUGGAGCGAUGCACCAUGGGCAGUGGAGCGAUGCAACAUGGGCAGUGGAGCGAUGCAACAUGGGCAGUGGAGCGAUGCAACAUGGGCAGUGGAGCGAUGCAACAUGGGCAGUGGAGCGAUGCAACAUGGGCAGUGGAGCGAUGCAACAUGGGCAGUGGAGCGAUGCAACAUGGGCAGUGGAGCGAUGCAACAUGGGCAGUGGAGCGAUGCAACAUGGGCAGUGGAGCGAUGCAACAUGGGCAGUGGAGCGAUGCAACAUGGGCAGUGGAGCGAUGCAACAUGGGCAGUGGAGCGAUGCAACAUGGGCAGUGGAGCGAUGCAACAUGGGCAGUGGAGCGAUGCAACAUGGGCAGUGGAGCGAUGCAACAUGGGCAGUGGAGCGAUGCAACAUGGGCAGUGGAGCGAUGCAACAUGGGCAGUGGAGCGAUGCAACAUGGGCAGUGGAGCGAUGCAACAUGGGCAGUGGAGCGAUGCAACAUGGGCAGUGGAGCGAUGCAACAUGGGCAGUGGAGCGAUGCAACAUGGGCAGUGGAGCGAUGCAACAUGGGCAGUGGAGCGAUGCAACAUGGGCAGUGGAGCGAUGCAACAUGGGCAGUGGAGCGAUGCAACAUGGGCAGUGGAGCGAUGCAACAUGGGCAGUGGAGCGAUGCAACAUGGGCAGUGGAGCGAUGCAACAUGGGCAGUGGAGCGAUGCAACAUGGGCAGUGGAGCGAUGCAACAUGGGCAGUGGAGCGAUGCAACAUGGGCAGUGGAGCGAUGCAACAUGGGCAGUGGAGCGAUGCAACAUGGGCUGUGGAGCGAUGCAACAUGGGCAGUGGAGCGAAGGAAGGCAACGUUGAGGCAAGGGAAGGGAGGGGAGGCUGA